CAGAUCGGAAGAGCAGAGUCCGGGCAGAGGGGUCCGCGGGCUCUGGAGGUGCUGGACGGGUGCGAUCCGAGAGCAGACCGGGGCCCUCGCGAGCCUCUCCCGGCCGCUGCCCGCGAUGAGCGAGGCCAGCCGGCUGUGCUCCGGCUACUACAGCCUCAACCAGAGCUUCGUGGAGCCCUUCCAGUGCCCCCGGCGCGGCGAGGGGGCCGCGCUCCAGUACUGCUGCGGCUUCGCCGACCUCAAGUACUGCUGCAGCGAGCCGGGCAGCUACUUCCCCUACAAGCACAGCUACAUGUGGAGCCUCAGCAUUGGUGCCUUGAUUGGACUAGGAAUUGCUGCCCUUGUUUUACUCGCCUUUGUCAUCAGUGUCUGUGUCCUUUGCUAUUUAUUUCUGUAUACAAAGCCUCAAAGAUUAGACACUGGCCUUAAGCUUCAACACUUAGAGGCUUCUUCCACUCAAGAAGGCAAGUCAAAUGGAGAAACCAAAGCCCUCAAUUCAAAUGCAGCAUCAAAUGCAACAAAUGAAAUAUACUAUGAAGCUGAUGAUAUAAUUCAAGAAAAAACAAUGGAUGCAACACAAAUCCAUAUUGCUUAUUAACUAAAAAUUCUGUGUUUUAAAUGCUUACUGGAGAGAUGGGGCAAUAAAAAUAAAGUGUGCAUUUGAAA